UAAAUUAGAAUCCUUUGCCGCAAAAUGAACUCUUCAUUUUCUGGAUCCGUUGCUCUGAAAACCUUAAUCGAACAAACCCUAGCGAAUUCCUCUCAUCAAGGAUGCCUUCACUGCAACUCUCCAGUUGCAGAGCUCUAGAUUUGCGCGCCACUUCUUCUUCCUUCUUUGGCAGAGAAACGCGCUUUCUCGAUGGAGUCUCGCGGAGGACGGUGCGUUUCGGCGGAGGAAUCGUUAGGGUUUAUGCAAUGUCCGGCAAGGAUUCUUCGUACAAGAUGAAUUUGAACGAGUACAUGGUCACUCUCGAGAAACCUCUAGGCCUUCGCUUUGCGCUCUCAGUGGAUGGCAAAAUCUUAGUUCACGCCAUCAAAAGAGGGAGUAAUGCGGAGAAGUCGAGGAUAGUAAUGGUUGGAGAUACAUUGAAGAAGGCUAGUGAUGCAUCUGGUGGCAAGCUUAUUGAAAUCAAGGAUUUUGGUGAUGCACAGAAUAUGCUGGAAGAGAAAACAGGAUUUUUCAGUCUGGUCCUCGAGAGACCAUUUACUCCUUUUCCAAUUCAAGAGCUUUAUCACUCAAGUGAUCUUGACAUUUUAUUCAAUAGAGGUCGUGUGCCUAUUGCCACAUGGAGCAAAGCUUUAUUGGCGUCAAACUUAAGAGCAUCUACUGAAGGCAGUGGAAAUUCUGGGUUUGUUGUGUUCUCCUCAAAGUUUUUAACAUCCCAGGGACGGAAGUUCCUGAAUGGUCAAAUUGGAAUUCGCCAAUCACAAGCAGAGAACUACCUUCAUCCAUCACCAAUCCAACUUGCUUGUAUCUUUUCUGAGGAGGAGCCAGGAAAUGGGGAAUGGGCUUAUGGGAACUUCCCAGUAGAGGAAUAUAUUAAAGCACUUGAACGAUCAAAAGGCGAGCUAUACUAUGAUCACUCUCUUGGCAUGCGAUGUUGUAAGAUCACUGAACAGAUAUAUUUGGGUUCGUGCAUACAAACCGAAGCUGAUGUAGAAACUUUGUCUAAUAUGGGAAUCACAGCUGUAUUGAAUUUUCAGAGUGGAAUUGAAGCAGAAAACUGGGGCAUCAAUCCCAAUUUAAUCAAUGAAUCAUGCCAAAGAUCAAAUAUCCUAAUGAUUAAUUAUCCUAUACGGGAUGGAGAUUCUUUUGAUAUGAGGAAAAAAUUACCAUUUAGUGUAGGGCUUAUGCUGCGCUUGUUGAAAAAGAACCAUCAUGUCUUUGUUACUUGUACUACUGGUUUUGAUCGAUCUCCUAGCUGUGUGGUUGCAUACCUGCACUGGAUGACUGAUACUUCCCUUCACGCAGCUCAUAACUUUGUCACUGGGUUGCAUCCAUGCAAACCAGAUAGACCAGCAAUUGCUUGGGCAACAUGGGAUCUUAUAGCCAUGGUAAAAGGCGGCAGACAUGAUGGACCCCCUACACAUGCUGUUACCUUUGUGUGGUAUGGACAAGAGGGGGAGGAUGUAUGCUUGGUUGGAGACUUUACUUCAAACUGGAAGGAACCAGUUCAGGCAAUCCAUAAAGGUGGAUCAAGAUUUGAAGUUGAAGAGAGUCUCCCACUUGGAAAGUACUACUAUAAAUAUAUAGUUAAUAAGAAUUGGCGGCAUUCGACAUCAUCAGCAACAGAAAGAGAUGAAAGGGGAAACAUUAAUAAUGUGAUUAUGGUGGGUGACAUUGCCAGUGUAAGGCCAUCCUUUCAACAACAACAGAAGGAUGCCAACAUCGUGAAAGUGAUUGAGAGGCCCUUGACAGAACAUGAGCGCUUUAUGCUGGCAAAAGCAGCUCGCUGUGUUGCGUUCUCUGUCUGUCCUAUCAGGCUAGUCCCCAAAUAGUUGGAUUGAGAGGAUCCAGACUGGCUGUUAUACAACAUGUAUCUGUAUUGCAGUUUUACAACAUUAAGAUGUCAUUGUUAUAACCAUGAAUAUGCCGCAGCGCAACAUCUCUGAGGUACUCUCAUCGAGAGAUGAUAUCAUCAUAGCAACCCAUUUUGUUUAGAUUUGCGUAAAAUAGAUAGCAGUAGUUAACCUAAUGAAUGAUUGCAAGUAUCAUUCUUGGGGUAGUUGUUUUUUGACUUGUAUUGAAUUGGUCUGUAUACCACUGGAAUAUUAACUGUUGAUACCAAGUCAGAGGCACUUAGCUGCUAUAAUUGGCUUGAGAAGUAGUAUAUGCAUGUAAAUCUUGUAAGUGAUUCUCUUUUUCAAUUUAAUUAUUUUUUCUUUGGAUAUUGAUUAAUACAUAUUUUGGUUUAAU